UCGCUCGCAGGCGAAAUAUGGAAGCUCUGGCGCCCAGGGUACACUUUGUUAACGUUCGCUAAUCAUGAAACUUUUGGUUUCUAGAGGAGAUUUAACCGAAAUGGAUUCUGAAUGCGUUGAAGUUAAAGAGCUGAAAGACGGCUACAAKRCAUUGAUUGCAAAAGAAGACAUCAAGUCWGGAACGUUCUUGGGAGAUYUUUGGGGACCGGUUUUGUCUUCGCCAACARGACAUACCYRUCACAUUGGARUAAACAAACACAUCGCGCAUGUUGGCAAGAAUAGAUUCAAAAACCACUCAUGCGAUCCCAAURCUAARUYAGUAUACAGUCAACGCCAAGGAGCCCMUAUUCCAGUAGAAGAUGGCUGGGAGUUGGCCUGGCAUAUAGUAGCCACAAAGGMUAUUUCCAAAGGCGAAGAAAUAACGAAUGACUAUACAAUGACAGAGUACCAGAUGGCUGUCCCUUUUGAGUGUAACUGUGGUUCUGAAAACUGCUUGGGUACUGUGCAAGGAUUUAAAUUUUUACCCGCUGAGGAGAAGGAAAAACGUAUUUCCUACGUUUCGCCCGUUAUCAAAGAAUUGUUAAAGAUGGAGGCUGAAAAAUAUUGACUUGAUCUCUCGAGUAAUCGCUAGCUGACUUUUGUCUUCUAAUGCUAUGCCAUAUAGGCUUGGCCAUGUUUAAUAGGGAUGGGCCAUUUUAUAGAUAAUUGAGAGCGGGGGCGGAGAUGUUGCGUAAAAACGGCCUGAUAGCUGGUUUCUGGGUAGUGACGAAGGAUAUUUUUGGUCAUGAUUGAUACGGGAUAUGUACACAACAUUUUGGUUCUUGAUCCCAAAAAUUUCGCACACAAACCUUGUGAAUGUAACAAAUGACCUUUCGAACCCAGAAAUAAUAUCGGUCUUAGUAAAGGUGUAGUUUUAAGCUAURUUAAUUCAAGGUACAAAAAUAAAUAAAAUUUGCAGUAAAUCUA